GUCAAAUUAAUAUCCGGAUUCCUUCAAAGAAGUUAAUUGGUAUCAGAAAUAUUUGAAUGACUAAAUUGCACAAAAGCGGACAUACGUAGAAAGAUGAUGAAUACUUAAUAUUUUCAGCACAUGCAGUCACAACCAAAAUAAUUUCAGGAAAAUGGCAUGAAUGAAGUAUGAAAUACAUUAGACGAAACUGGAGAUUGUUUAUACCAAUUAACAGAACUGUUAAAGUGAAAUAUAACAUUUUGAAUUAUCACUGGUUCAUCAACGAAAAUAAUAACCAACAUAUACUUUUUUUAACAAAUGGGAUGUGGAGGACAUUUGUAAACAUAUGUUUAUGACUGAUUGGAGAGUUAAGUGAUUUAAUGUGUUGGAUUUGUUAAGCGUGGAUGGAUAUUUCAUCGACGAAACAUGUAUGACAUAACGAAUCGAGAAGGACGCCCAAGUAUUGGCAGAUGAGUAAACAAUUGUUAAUUAUUUAAAGCUAUUAUUAACGUUGACCAGAAACAAUUGAGUAAUAACUGAUAUUUGAUUGCCAUACAGCACGCAUGCCGUGCUCGCUGUAACUACUCAUAAUCGAUGGAGGAUAUACUUUCAGAGAGAGCGUGGGGAUUUGAGAGUGUCCGGCGCUUUGUUCGCGCAGGCUUACCGUGGUUGAUAAAAUCCAGGUAUUGGAGAGGUAAAGGCGCCACCGGAGAUAGUUUCUUAAAUAUGUUAACAUUAACAGAGGGAUUGCUCGUAUGCACAUGUUCUUCAACGUUUAUAUUUCUUAUAUAUUCGUGCGUUUUGCGCAUGCGUAAAACACGGCUUGUGCCGGGACCCGAGGGAUACUUGUGCUGUGGAAAUAGUUUUCAAAUCCAGGCAGAUCAUAUACACAAGAACUUAAAGGAAUAUCAUGAAAUAUAUGGGAAAAUAGUCAGGUUGAAAAUAUUUGGCACCACUAUCAUAUCGAUAUCUUCACUGGAUCUACUUAAAAGUGCAUUUGAGUACAAUCCGUCAUGCGAAAUUGCCAACGACCGGUCAGCAAACUCGACGUCAGGUGUCUUCUAUGGACGGAAACACAUCGGAAUGGCGGAUCUUCACAGCAUCACUCUGCUACUGAGAGAUUUCCACAGGUCCGUGGCACCGAACAUUUCCGAAACAGGUGGAAACCUUGACUUCCGCUUCCGGACUGAAAUACACAAUUUGUACCUUGAACUCGGCAGUAAAAAUAGAAGUGACACUAAUCCUCAUGACUAUUUGAGGUCAUUUCAUAAAAAUCUAUGUUCUAUAUUGUUGAUCGGGGAGACAUUACCUCGCGGGGAUCCGGACCAUGACGUGCUCUGGGAAUUCAUUGACCACCUGUACGCUCUAAUUGACCCGGCCGUUGACGUUGCUCUCCGCACCUUCCCCUUUCUUCGCCUACUCCCGGGUUACUAUGGCAACCUGUACCGGCAGACGAUCGCUGCGCGCGACCGCGUCGCCAAACGAUUUUUUGAGGACCAGAAGGCGAGUUACCGUCCCGGGGUUGUUAGGGGUUUGGUGGACGUGUGUCUUAUAAACCAGCAGGCAGAGAUAAGCAGGACCGGGACCUCCUGGCUUACGGAUGAACACAUCAAGGGCCUUAUAUACGACACGCUAGCCGCAGGCAUGACGGAGCUGCUCAAGUCGCUGCGACUCUUCCUGUUGCUCAUGUGCCAUCAUCCGGAAGUUCAAGCUCGCAUCCAAAAAGAGGUCGACACUGUCAUAGGUUCCCAAAGGUUUCCGGAAGCCGGUGAUCGGGUGUGGAUGCCUUAUAUCGAGGCGGUGCUGCUGGAGGUGUGGCGGUAUGGCUCCCAGACGCCACUGGCCAUCCCCCACCUCUGUCGAAAGGACGUCGUUCUAGAGGGAUACCUCAUAGAGGCCGGGACUGUGAUUUUCCCGAACUUGUACGCAGUGCACCACGAUGAGGCAGUCUGGGGCGAUCCUUGGAACUUCCGACCCGAACGCUUCCUCGACGCUAAUGGAAAUCUUCUCCCCGCAGAACACGUCUUCAUGCAAAAUGUAAUACCGUUCAGCGUUGGAAAGCGAGCAUGUCCAGGUCAAGAUUUUGCCAGGUCGAGAAUUUUCAUCACCGUUGCCGCUCUAAUUCAGCGCAUGCGCAUCGAACCUCCGGAGGACAGCGAAUUGCCAUCACCAGAUCCAAGGCUAUAUACAAAGAAUUACCCCAUGAAUGAACCUCAGUUUCAAUGUCGAUUUCUAGCUCGUGGAGAUGUAUUUGUCUAAUACAAAUGGUUGUACACAGGUUAAAAAUGAAUAUUAUUUCUUCAUAUGUGCAUACCUUUAUAAUAUUUUAGUGCGGCCUGCUACCGAGCAGUGCAGCGAGCCGCAUUUUCAUGGCUUCGGAAACGGGAGAGCAUGGUUAAGUUGCCAAAAACAAACAAAUAAACUAUUUAAGUGACACAGAAAUACGUUUGCGUACAUCAAUAACAUACUAGCAAAAUUUGAGAAUGUUCAUGCUGUUUGCCUAACAUUUUGUCAAGUGGUAGCGCUGCAGGAGCGUAGGCGUAAGACUUGUUUUGUGUCAAGUGGUAGCGCUGCAGGAGCCUAGGCGUAACACUUGUUUUGAUGUCAGGUAGAAUGCGUUACUCGCAUUGGGACAAACUUACUACUCUACUUCUCGUAAACAGGAAAACAGUGGUGUUAAAUGUGACGUUGAGCUGGGCCCCUGGCGAAAAUCACGCUUAAAUAUUGUUGGUAAUUGGUACAGUCUAAUGUAUUCUAAAGUACAUGUACUUUUUUUACAAAAUCUCCAAGAGAACUUGAAGGUAGUAUAUGUGGUAGUAGAGUUAACGAUUGUUGUUGCCAGCAGUCAUAAAACCUUUUAAAACAAAAUACUGUUAAAAGUGUCGCAAUGGGCUGAAACUGUCUUGUUAAAAGGUGUUUAAUUUGCUUUUAUGAAAUGAUUCUACACUGCGUAUUACCUAGAAUGCAUAUUUAUCAUUCCAUAAUUUAAACGGUGUUUUUGAUGAAAAUAUGCUAUAUAAUCAGAUUAACAUCGAGAACUGGGUCACGAAUAUGCUGAAUUUCCAAAAGCAUCAAUGUUAUACUAUGGAGCGAAGGCGUGUCUACGAAUUUUGGAAGAUAGUUUUGUUACAUCGCAGUGGCAUAUAUUUUAUCGUGUAAAAUUAAGCCACAAUUCCGAAAUACGACGUUACUUGCCUCAACCAUUUUCCUAGCAUAUACACAUCGGAGGAAGUUCGUAGCAUAUACACAUCGGAGGAAGUUCGUAGCAUAUACACAUCGGAGGAAGUUCGUAGCAUAUACACAUCGGAGGAAGUUCGUAGCAUAUACACAUCGGAGGAAGUUCGUAGCAUAUACACAUCGGAGGAAGUUCGUAGCAUAUACACAUCGGAGGAAGUUCGUAGCAUAUACACCUCGGAGGAAGUUCGUAGCAUAUACACAUCGGAGGAAGUUCGUAGCAUAUACACAUCGGAGGAAGUUCGUAGCAUAUACACCUCGGAGGAAGUUCGUAGCAUAUACACCUCGGAGGAAAUUCGUAGCAUAUACACAUCGGAGGAAGUUCGUAGCAUAUACACAUCGGAGGAAGUUCGUUGCAAGCACAAGAAUGAAAAUAAUCAAUCUGGUCUUGAGUACCUUGAGUACGGGGUUUAUAAACAGCCAUAAUAAAUUCAUCGGUGUUGUUACAAACAGACAACGAAGACAUCUUGAUUUAUGAUGGUCUAAUCCCCUUCCUGCUUGCGACUAUAUACUCCUUCAUGUUCUACCCGAGCCCUUCGUAACAAUUCUGAGAGUCUUCGUACCGAUUAAUACCAAAGUUUCUGUGUAACACCAAUUCUUUUACAUAAUUUUCAUGUUUUCCGUCACCUUUUUAAGAACUAUACUGUGAGUUAUUCUUUAUUUGAUAACAGUUCAGCGAUAAUAACACUACAAGUGGAAUUUAUUAAAGUAUCCAUAUCAUUGUACCUUAUUCAUGUUUGCAAGCAUUAUACUUGUAUUUAUGUUUUAAGUUUUUGUAACGAUUUUUCAGUUUUACCAUUUUUGACAGCAAAUAUACGUGUACACGGACAUCCCCCUCCAAGCGUAUAAAAUUAUGUUUUCAGUAAUUGAUUUUUUUCAUUAUAUAUAUAAAUAAAUUCUGAAGGUAGAACGGAUAUUUCACUUUUUUGGUUGUUCUCACCAAAAAAACACAAAAAUCUUGAACAUUUUCCAAUUUUUUUUAUAUAAUUCCUCCAUAAUCGUAUAUUAAUUAAUACUGUUCUCAUGAACAUCAAAGUUUCAACAACUCUUCCCCACAAAAUCUCUGAAUAACACAUUAUCUGAAUAUUCAACCUGUGAUAUUUUGUCGUACACUCGAUGAAAAAAUGGCCUCUACAAAUAUGAAAAGCAGUCGCAUGGUAAUAGUUUUUCAACAUGUUCAUUUCUUUGCUUCUAAUAUUGUUUUUGUAAAAUAAAUAUCAAUAGAUUUAAAAGACGAAGAUUAAUUAGAUAUGCAGACUCUUUGCUCAAAGUUUGCCCGUUAAACGUGGUUGUUUCAAGGGAACAUUUAAUUCUUACCCGUUGAAUAAUACAUAUUACAACCGCACAUUUAAGCUACAGUUUUUAAUUAAUUAAUGUAACACCAUACGGAUUUUUUUUUUGUUUGAGUACUCCUUCAUUUUCUGCCUGAAUCCUGCAUAAGAAAUACUUGUACAACUUUGAGUGACGUUUAACGAAUGAUGUGUCAACAUUUGAUUUACAUCCAUUAAGCCACUAAUUCGCUAAUUAUGUGAGUAAUUGAGAAGUCGCGCAUGCGUACUGGCUAGUAAAAAGGCUUUUGAUAGGCAUUUUUGCACUAAACACAAUGAAAGUUAUCAUUUAUUUUUUAUCUUCUGAAUAAUAAUUUACAAGAUGUACAAAUGGCAUUUACUAGAUAAAACUGGAAAUUGUUAAUAUGAAUAAUUAUUUUUGACAUUUAUUUGAAAUAAAAUUGAAGUCAGAUAU